CUGCUACUCGGGUCAUGCAACAGAGCCAUGCAAGCGACAAGUGCGUGUAUCGUGUCUCAGCCUGAGUCAUGUGACCCGUUUUUUCUGUACCUGUCCGGUCCCCUUGCGCGUGUUAGUUAUUUAUGUCUUGAGAAACAUGUACGUAAUGUCCUUCUUUUCUCUUUUGGCUCGUUUUGAAAUUAGCGCCGGAAACGUUAGACAUCCUACUAACUAAUGCAUUUUCUCUUGAUACGCACGUGUGACAAAACAAACGGGCUAUUGAAGCCUGUGUUCAUGAAGAAAGUUUUUUUUUUUUGGGGGGGGGGGAGGGUUAUGUAAUUAUACUCGAUUCAUCCCCGGAUUGUUUUCCCAACAAAUUGUUUUAAUUUCAGGACGCGGAGGUAAUUCACUUGCCCGUUUCAGGGCGUGCCCUGAUUCGGUCCACGCGGACGCCUCCUGUGUGUUGGAGAUUGGUGCCUUGCACUUUAGCGCUUCCACUUAAAUGGUUGUUCGACCUGCCAGUCAGCGGAAACACGCACGUUUCGCUUUUACGGAAUUGAUGCUGCAGAAGAGUCCUAAGAUUGCGGGCGACGCGAGAGAGGAUGCGCUCGGUAACCAGGCGCUCCCCGGCAUGUAGGACGCACACGGCGCUGCUAGAAAAGCAUUUCAAACGUCCCUCGUGCUUUGAUUUUAAAUAGGUAAAAGACGACAGCGCGAGUAUGUACUGAAGAGUCGGACAUGCACACGGGCGAAUCAGAGAUUCAUAUCCAGAAGUCCGCUGCUUUCUUUGGAAUGGUCAGUCACUAUCACGCCCCAGCCUUCGGAGACCUCACAGAACUGACACGCUCCACGCUCGGCAGGCGCACGGACUUAUGUUGUAAACGCGUCGCGGGUGACGGCUCCUUAGCCCAGCAGCCCUGCCGAAGUCCGAACCCCAGCUCGAGCCACAUGCACGGGCUUAGUCCCAAGCGACUGGUCGUUCCAGCGGAACGCUAUGGAACCCAGGAGAAAGCUCUCGCGUCGUGCUUCUCCGUGGCUACCGGACAAGCGAAUGGUGGACGGGGCACACAUUGCCUGGAGAAGGACAGCGGAUUGGAGGUUGCGGGAGACGACUCCGCCUCUCUGCACUCUGGUCACGCCCUCCAGGGCCUGCCUGCCUCCCAGUACCUCCACAGAAACCAACGCGAACUGUCGGCACAGAGCUUGAACCUGCAGGACGACCCCACACAGGACAGGUCUGGAGCCUUUCAGCGGGAUCUCGGCCCGCCGUUGCUGACUGCCGCUGUCCACCCGUCUCUAAGCUACGGUGUCAAGCAGGAGGGCUCGGUGGGCUUCGCUCCAGGGGCGGAGUUUCCCACGGGGAGAGGCGGAGCCGGCGCAGCAGGGCGGGAUCAAGAGGGGCCGCGCAGGAGGGGCGGGAGCUUAGCGGGCGGCCCGUCUGCGCUGACGGCGUGCGUGUUUAAUAAUUCAGACGGCUCCUCACUGCUGCUACCUUCUCCAGGCGGCGCUCGUCACUCCGCACGCGCGCUGAGCUCCGGCAGCGCGAGACGCCGCGGCAGAUGUCCGUGGUGGCUUGCGUGA